UUUGGUGACUGCGUGUGUGGCUGGCUGGCUGUCGAGCUGUCGUGCUGUGCUGUUUGUUGUGUGUUGUGCUUAACUUUAAUCUAAUCGUGGACGUCGCCAAACUAAGCCUCCUCAAGUAGUGUAGUUGCCUUCACACCGCGUCGCUCACUCACCCUUACCCCCGUCGCCCCCGUUGCCCUCGUCGUCAUCGCGCGCGCGGGCAAUUGGAUCGCCUUGCCUGCUCUAGCUCUAUACAGUGGUUGCAGUGUGUGUUCGGUUCAGUUCAGUUUUAGUUAGCGUACGGCAUAAGCGUCGCUGCUCCGCUCAAAUUUAUUUUUAAACAAAACAACGUCAGUAGCAAAAGCAGCACCAACAACAAAACACAACCAAAAAGCAGAAGAAGAAGAAGCAGUAGCAGCUUCCAAUUCGCAAGUGCUGAAAUCAAAAGUGUCCACAGUGGUACAGUGGUCGUCAAUAAUUACCACCAAUAACACACACAUUCCAUUGUUACUGUGCUCAAAAUAAGAAAAAGAGAGAGAGAGAGAAAUAGAAAUCGAGGCGCAUUGUCUGUGGCCAUAUUCAUAUGCACAUGCAUGUGUCUGCGUCCAAUUGAUUUUUCACCAAAAUACUUGGCAGCUAGCGCAGGCGGCAACCCCAACAAUAGCCGGCGACUGUUUGACCUCCCCUCUCACACCCUAACCUCAAAACAGCUGUUGCAUACAACAUUCAACGUGUAUAGAGCAUAAAUCCAACAACCAAUAAUAACAAGCAUAACAUGGACAUCGAAGCGCUGUGUAAUGAAUGGAAUGAACUCAAUCGCGAGUACACGGAUCUUGAGACGUGCAACAGACGCUACAUUGAGCUGCUGGAACAGCUGUACAGUCAUCAACAAAAAUGCUUCAACGAGAUCAAACAUCAACGCUAUCGCAUGAAUCAAAUAACGGCCUCGUUGCGACAAUUUCCGACGCCCGUUGGGCCGUCGGACAAGGAGAAGCUCGAUGAUCUGGUGAAGAUGUCGCUGAAGCGGAAGGCGCAGUUGCAUGAAAUUGAACAAUCGCUGCCAGCAAAAUCAGGUCGCUACUUGCAGAUUAUUCUGGGCGAUGUGAACGUCUCAAUUCUGAACAGAAACGAUAAAGUUCGCUACAAAGAUGACUAUGAAAAGUUUAAAUUAAUACUCAACGUUAUUGGACUGAUAAUGGCGUUCUUCAAUUUGAUAUUUAACUACAGAGCUCUGGAACUGGCCUUCAUCUUUCUGCUGGUUUGGUAUUACUGCACUUUGACCAUACGCGAGUCCAUAUUGAAGGUAAACGGCUCCAGGAUCAAGGGCUGGUGGCGUGCCCAUCAUUUCAUAUCGACGGUGGCAGCCGGCGUCCUUCUCGUUUGGCCCCAAGGCGAGCAUUGGCAACUCUUUCGCCUGCAGUUCAUGUACUUUAAUGUAUACAUCAGCAUUGUACAGUAUUUGCAGUUUGGUUACCAGAAGGGUUUAUUGUAUCGACUCAAGGCGCUGGGUGAGCGACACAACAUGGAUAUCACCAUUGAGGGCUUCCACUCGUGGAUGUGGCGUGGCUUGAGCUUCCUUUUGCCCUUCCUCUUCAUUGGCUAUGCCUUUCAGGCCUACAAUGCCUGGACGCUCUACAAGCUCGCCUACACGCCCCCCGAUGCACCCUGGCAUGUGUCCGUCAUGUGCGGCCUCUUCCUAUUGCUCUUCGUCGGCAACAUGGCCACCACGCUGUGGGUCGUGCCAGAGAAGAUACGCGAGCGUGCCAAGGAGCGCUAUCGAUUGCAGUCCAUGGGCAAGUCCAUGAAGCUGCGCAAGGAGAUGAAGAACAGUGCCAGUGACUUGGACAUUUCGGGCAACUCUCCGUUGGGAGCAGCAGCCAUAACAACGGCAGCGUCGGCGCCAACUGCGGCAGCGACUGAGACGGCGACUGCAUCCGAGAAGAAGGCAAACUAAACACUGUGGCAUUUUGAGAUCAAGUCCUCAAUAACUAUAUAUUUUAUAUGCUAUAUAUAUAUAUAUAUAUAUAUAUAAACUUUUUUUUUCACGCGUGCCCGCUUAUUUAUUAAUUUUACUUUAAGUUGGAAGUUUUUGGGCAACUUCUCUAUAUAAUAUGAUUCCCCAUUUCGGUUUAUCGCGUUUAUUGAUUAUCCUCCUCCCCUGUUCCACUCGGAACAGCAACUUAGCUAAGCAGAAAAGAAGAAACAAAAAUGCUGUUAAUUUAUACCAACUAUGUACAUUUAUAUAUAUAUAUAUUUUUUUGUUGUUUCUAAGUUUUUUUUUUUAUUAUUAUUAUCCUUGCUUGUAAUCGAAGAUAUAUAGUGAGUGAGAAAAAGAGAAAAGUGAAGGAGAAAUAUGUGAAAUGUAAAAUGAAAUUGUAAAGUUUUUUGCGCCAGAGAAGCGAAUUGAUAUUGAAUGAAAAGAAAUUGCACUAUACAAGAAAAUAAACAAAAAUAAACAGAGGCAAAAUGGCAACAAAAAUAACAACUACAA